UUUUCGGCCAGAACCGCCAUCUUCCAGUAAUUCGCCAAAAUGACCAACACAAAGGGAAAGAGGAGGGGCACCCGCUACAUGUUCUCUAGGUCUUUUAAAAAACACGAAGUUGUUCCUUUGGCCACAUACAUGCAAAUCUACAAGAAAGGUGAUCCUGUAGAUAUCAAGGGAAUGGGCACUGUUCAAAAAGGAAUGCCCCACAAAUGUUACCAUGGCAAAACUGGGACAGUCUACAAUGUUACUCAGAAUGCUGUUGGCAUCAUUGUAAACAAACAAGUUAAGGGCAAGAUUCUUGCCACCAGAGAAGCACACUUUGUGAGAACCAAUGGAAAGGAGUCUGAACUGUUGGAGCCCAUUCCCUAUGAAUUCAUGGCAUGA